AUGGUCACCUUCAGCGCCAACUUCUCGGAUUCGGAUUCCGACGAAUCCAUCAGCACCAGCACCCCCAGUCACGGACAACAAUAUAAACCAUACGAACCAUAUGAGCCAUAUGAACAGAAAACAGACAACAUAAACCUGAUAACUGAAGAAGUAGAUGGGUGGCCCCACUCAGACACAACCUCCGUCCUAACAGACCCCACCAUAAACCUCGCCGAACCCUGGUCCAUGCCGGCGGACUGGCCAGAUGCCAUGAGCGUGCUUACCUUCUUCGCCUGUGCACUCUUGCGCGAUGAGAUGGGAAUGUGGCCGUUGGGUAUUUGGGGGGUUUAUUGGGGGGUUCAUUGGGCUGUCGGUGGGUUUAGGGCUGAGACGUGGGCGGUUGUGCUGAGGGGGGUGUUUUGGGGGCACAGUACGCAUACUCUUUCUGAUGCCCUCCCACUUCAACCGAUACUAUCCAUCAGUGUCUUGGUAGAAGUUGGUUUCUUCGAGACAGAAUAA